CCUUCCUUCGCUUGCGAGAGUGUGAUUUUUCCUUGUUUUUUUGUUCUUGUUUAUCAAUCGCCAUGGAUUCUUUGCUUCUGGGUUCCUUAAAAGGUCCUUCUCUACUUUCAAAUGGUUCUUAUGUAUCAUAUAGUGUUAAAAGUGUCAGAGAAUGGAACUUCAUAGAAAGUCAAUGCACUGCUAGGUUUCAACCUACCAUUCCGAAGAAUUGCAGGAAAGGUAGUGGACUAACUUCUACGUUUUACCAGAGACAAAACAAAAGAUUCCCGGUGAAUGCAACAGCAGGGCACCCGCUCGAAUCGGAGCCUGAAGCCAUUAGUUCAAAAGAUGUUUGGAACUCUACUAAAGACGCCUUAGAUGCUUUUUACAGGUUUUCUCGGCCACACACAGUCAUAGGCACAGCAUUGAGCAUAGUCUCGGUUUCCCUCCUUGCAGUUCAAAAGCUUUCAGAUUUUUCCCCAUUAUUUUUCACUGGGGUGCUGGAGGCUGUGGUUGCUGCCCUCUUUAUGAAUAUUUACAUUGUUGGUUUGAAUCAAUUGUAUGACAUUGAUAUAGACAAGGUUAACAAGCCAUAUCUUCCAUUGGCUUCAGGGGAAUAUUCAGUUCGAACUGGCACCAUGAUUGUCACAUCCUUCGCUGUUCUGGGCUUUUGCCUCGCAUGGAUCGUUGGUUCCUGGCCCUUGUUUUGGGCCCUUUUCAUAAGUUUCGUACUGGGUACUGCUUAUUCAAUCAAUGUGCCCCUUUUGAGAUGGAAGAGAUUUGCAGUAGUUGCAGCGAUAUGCAUCCUUGCGGUCCGUGCAGUAAUUGUUCAACUAGCGUUUUUCCUGCACAUGCAGACCCAUGUGUACAAAAGACCAGCUGUCUUCUCGAGGCCUCUUAUUUUUGCGACUGCAUUUAUGAGCUUCUUCUCAGUCGUUAUAGCAUUGUUUAAGGAUAUACCUGAUAUUGAUGGGGACAGGAUAUAUGGUAUUCGAUCUUUUACAGUGCGGUUGGGUCAAAAGCGGGUAUUCUGGAUCUGCAUUUCACUCCUUGAAAUUGCUUAUUCCGUUGCCCUUUUAGUCGGCGCGUCAUCUGGCUUCCUAUGGAGCAAAGUUGCUACGGUUUUGGGACACACAAUUUUGGCUUCAUUACUCUGGAGUCGUGCCAAGUCCGUCGAUCUGACCAGCAAAGCUGCAAUAACAUCAUUUUACAUGUUUAUAUGGAAGCUCUUUUACGCCGAGUAUCUACUAAUACCGCUCGUUAGGUGAAGAAUAUGAAGAUGCAAUAGUCUCUUUAUCCUUGAAUUCUGUGUGGAUGAAGAUCACUGUAAUGGUGUAUAAAGGCCAUCAGUAGGUUGAUUUUAUUUUAUGGAUGUUCUAAUUAAGGAGGGAUUUUACUAAGUUCAUUCCGGAAGUGUUAAAAGUGUAUGGUAUUGCCAGAGUCCCAAGUGUGCUUCGAUUGAAUGUUGUAUAGGCUCGUAGCCUGUAUGUAAAAAACAUCCUUGGUAAAUGAGGAGUUAAGAAGCUAAUUUUAGAAGGAAAGAGGUUAAAUCCUUUCAAAUAAAGAUAAAGAGCAAAUCUUUUUUUUUU